CCUGUCAGGCAGACCCGAAGGGAAGCUGAGCGGCGCAUCCUUCCUCCCUCAGUGUCCAGUUACGCCGGCAUGUCACAAUUAGAAGCGACCUCAGACAGCAACCAGAACUAAACGGAAGCCUCAUUUUGUUUUAUUUUAUUUAAAGGGUAGUCAAGUCUUUUCCGGUGUCGGUCCACCUCAAGUUCACCAGUUAUCUGUUAAUAAUCACGGGCGUCCCUGCCAACGGAGAGGAGUGAGCAACUGCUCUCUUUCUCCUCCCGCCCGGAUCGGCGGCCUCGCGGUGCAGCCGACCCCGCUUCCCCUCCGCCCUGCCGGGCCCCAGGCCGCGCGGGCUCAGGCGCGCCGCGGGCAGCCCCGGCAGGGUCCUUCUGGCCGCCGGGCGCCGGGGUCCUGCCGCAGGUCGCCCGCGGUGCCGGGGAGCAUGGCGGCGGCCACGGUCGCGGGCCCCGGCAGGGCUCUGCUGCGGGCAGGCGGCGAGCGGCUGCUGGGGAGAGGCGUGCAGGAGCUGCUCCGGCCGCCGCUUGAGAGGGCCCCUUGCGGCCCGAAGCGCGACUUCAGCCUUUCUCACAGUCGGGGCACUGUCAUCGUGGAGCGCUGGUGGAAGGUGCCGCUGGCCGGCGAAGGCCGGAAGCCGCGCCUGCACCGGCGGCACCGUGUCUACAAGCUGGUGGAGGACACGAAGCACCGGCCCAAGGAGGACCUGGAGCUCAUCCUCACGCAGUCUGUGGAGGACCUUGGAGUCCGGGGCGAUCUGAUCUCCGUGAAGAAAUCUGUGGGCCGCAACCGACUCCUCCCUCAGGGACUGGCUGUGUAUGCCUCUCCUGAAAACAAGAAACUGUUUGAAGGGGAGAAAUUGCUAAGACAGGAAGGAAAAUUAGAGAAGAUCCAGACCAAGGCAGGUGAGGCGACAGUGAAGUUCCUGAGGAGCUGUCACCUGGAGGUGGGGAUGAAGAACAACGUCAAAUGGGAGCUGAACUCGGAAAUAGUUGCCCGCCACUUCCUGAAGAACCUUGGUGUUGUGGUCGCCCCACAUGCAGUAAAGUUACCCGAAGAACCUAUCACACGGUGGGGCGAGUACUGGUGUGAGGUGACGGUAAAUGGGCUUGACACUGUGAGAGUGCCUAUGUCUGUGGUGAACUUUGAGAAGCCCAAGACCAAAAGAUACAAGUACUGGUUAGCCCAGCAAGCUGCCAAGAGCCUGGCCCCCACCAGCAACCAGAUGUGAACCUGUUCUUCCUCCAAGGCAACAAGGCCAAAUCUGAGGAGCAGUGCAACAAAAAUGGGCGAGCACCCUGAUCUCACUCUGACCAGAUGUGGAAUUCAAGGGAAAAUACGAGACAGCAGACUCAACCACGUGCACAGAGUGAGUGCUCCGUACUUGCCGUUGCUGGAGGUGGGUGUUAGUCCGCUGCAUGGAGCAGCGCAGAUCCUGUUCUUCCUCCUUUGGAGCUUACUGGAACAAAUGGAAGAGUUAGCCGUUGUAACUGCUACUUGGCUCAGUUAUCGUCAUCCAAAUGAGGAUUUGUACCUCAGGCAGAAAUAAAGAGUUGUGUUCUUUUUA